UCACACAAGUCUAAUUGGUCGAUCGAGCGUCAAUUGAGCAACUGAAAACUCUAUAGCGGAACCACUAAGCACUAAACUACUGAGUACGUUGCUCAGCUCUGCACGAACAUGCAUGUCGUAUCUAAGUGCUCCAGCUUGACUCCAGCAUUCGAAUAUUCAUGACGAUGAGUCAAAGUUGUAUAUAUACAUAAUAAUAUAAUAACUUUUAUUGAGCAAGUGACUUAGUCAUUGAUCAACUUCAUGAACUUCACGAACAUCAAUGAUCCUGCAGGCAUCAAGGCUCUACUCGAGCAACUGAGGUCGUCGCAGGCCUGGCAAGAGAGUAUUGGCGUGGACACCGGCGGCAUAGCAAAGACUGAUGCGUCUAAUUCGUCCUCCUCGGUAGCCGAUUUACUGUCCCAACUUAACUCAUCUGAAUGGCUAAUUCCAUCGAGGCCAUCACAACCUUCACCAUCGCAUUUUACUACGCAACAGACAUCCCUGCAACUUUCACAAACACCAGCGAGCCAAUCCACCCCUCAGCCUUCAGAGAAUUCGGUCCAUGAGGCAGUUGCAGGAACCAGGGCCUCCACGCGCGGGCAAGACCUUCGCAUGAUGUCGUUCCAGCAAGCCUUGCCGCAUCUGACACAACUGGCAGAAAGUGCAAACUUUGUUGCUGCCGUAGCGCGCGUACGAGAAGAACAGAAGGAUUUGGAAAGACAAUUGUGGGAAGAACGGCUCGCUAUACAUAAGAAACACGAGAAUAAAGUCAAGGUUGCACAGACAAAAGCCGGGUUGAUUGGCGCAGGAAUAUCGCGACACGAGGCGGAUAUGCUGAACGAUGCAUUUCGGAAAGAGCUGCAAAAGUUUGACGCGGAACGCGUGCUUUUCGCAUGGGACAGUCUCUUGCAGAAGCAGCAAUCUACGCUGGAAGCCCUCGGAGUACCAGCUAUGUUCCCUACUGAUUUGCGGGCUGAUAGAGAGAAACAACAGAAAGUAAUCCAAGUCUUGGAAGGUAUAGUGGGGUGAUGAAGAAUUGUGAAUAUUUCUGUUCAAUGUGUCUUGUCUUGCCAUUUACGGAUCCUUUUAAGUUUUGAGUCUUCGAGAGUCGGGA